AUGGAGGUGGAGGAUGACGAGAAGAGCAAGCAACUCAUCCUAUGGAACGUCUGCAACCCGUUCAUCGACACGCCUUUUGGGCUGGAGGUGCGCACCUUCACCUUUGUGGGGCGUACGCUGCACUUCCACCAGCGACCCUGGGUCGAGGGCGCCAAGUCCAUCGGCGCCGUGCUGUGGGACGCUGGCUACGAGCUGGCUCGGUACCUGGAGAGGCAUUUCGGGGAGGGCGGGCUGCGAGGGAAGAGGGUGCUCGAGCUGGGCGCGGGAACGGGCAUCGUUGGCAUGGUCGCCUCCCUGCUCGGGGCCGACGUUGUGCUCACGGAUGGCGACGAGGAGGCGCUAACCAACCUCCGAAGGAAUGUGGAAGCGAACCACUCCGACCUCCGCGGCUCCGUCACGGUCAUGCCGCUCCGAUGGGGAGAAGAUAGCACGGCCGUGCGGGAACUGGGUCCGUUCGACUUUGUCAUCUGCGCCGAUCUGGUCUACGGGAGCAAGGAGGAGGCUCACCGGGCGCUGCUCGCCACGCUCCGCGAGCUGGCGGCAGAUGCCUCGUUGUCGCCGCCGGCGCGGCACCAAAUGGCCAUCUUCUUCGCCUACACCCCGCGCGAGGUGAGCCGCGAGGCCGUCUUCUUCCACCGCGCCCGGCGCUACUUUGAGCUCAUCAAGGUGCCCUCAUCAACGCUGCCACCAGAGAUGCAAGCCAGAGAAAUGGAGAUUUUCACCUUUCUCCCCAAGGAACUAAAUAACAAAUAG